AAACAAUGGGCAAUUUGUGUGCAUCUUGCUGUCAAGAUUCAUCUACGUACGAGGAUUUAACACCUGAUCCGGAAGUAAGAAGACAACAACAAGUAGAAGCUGCUGAAAGAAGAAUGAAAGAACAAGAACAAAGAGGAAUAGGAAAUGUUGAUGCAGUUAAACGUCAACAACAAAAGAGUAUUGCUAGAGAACAACAAAACGAACAAUUGGCUACUGCAGAUAGAGAUAUACCUCUCAAAUGGCAAGUUAAUUGAUAAAUCAAAGUGUAUAUUAAAAACUUGAAUAUUAUACAUCAAAUAAUGAAACUACGCAGUAAGUUAAGCUAAUCAAUAAGUUUAAAACAUUUUCAUGUGAGUAAACAGUUUUACUUUUUAAUAUCAGAUGAAUCGUAAUUAUAUAUACAUAAAUUAUUGUUUAUCAAAUUAAUAUGAUUACUUUAUUAAUUACACUUUAAUAUUUAAUGAGUCAGUGUUAAGUUGUCCUAAAAAGUAAUUAGUACACUUGUUAAGUUUUUUGACUAUAAUACACUACCAUAAUACAAUUAUGAAUAUUUAUAAAAAAAUUAAUUAACUUUUGAAUCGUUUAUUUCACUAAUUCAAACCCCAUAAAUUGAUAUUUAUUCAAACCAAAUGGUAUAAAUCUUUAAAGCAUAGUA